AUGGUUUCCACUUCCACAAAAGGUAUUCAACGAGAUAUGCCACCCCACGGAGGAAUAAACGAACCAUUCAAAGUGUCACCUAACAGUAGUCAGGAUGACACAGUACCAACAGAGCGAGGGCGCAAGCUUUCGAAAUUAAACCAGCUUCAGUCCGGUCUGAAGUCUGGUCUGAAUCAAACCGGACAAGGUCUGAAGACUGGCCUGAAUCAGACUGGACAAGGUCUGAAGAAUAAGUUGCAGGCGGGCUCCAACAUGUUGUUUAACCUUGGCGAGAAAGACCAUGAUGCAUUGAAAGACGAUGAUUCUGAAGGUGACGCUGCGAAGAGCUAUUCAAACGACCAGGUAGUAUGGUACAAGUCCAAAGGAAAGAAGAAUAAAAAAGCAACGAUUUUGGAGAUUGAUGUGGGUCCAGAUGGUCAGGCAUUCUACACAAUCAAAUUGAACGAUUGUGGCCGUGAGAAGCAGACGGAUGACGCUCAUCUCGAACCACUAGGGCCCAACGAUGCGGCGGAAGACGAUAGCCGUUCUCGCUUCAAAACUGGCCAAGUUGUCUUCCACAAACCCGGCGAUGGUGCCCCCAUUUACCUGGUACAAAUAUCCAGGGUAUACCACGAUGGCGAUGGCCAACCACUUUACGAGAUCUCAAUGCAAGGAAGCAAUCUCAAAAAGUCUUCCAUCAGAGAGUCUGAUUUGCUCGAAUUGCACGAGGUUCCGGCAACUGGUACCAACGCACCAGCUCAGUCUCCAUCCAACCAUUCUCGCAAGAGCUCUCGCAAGUCUAGAAGCCCCAAACGAGGAAUUAAGAAGACUCUUAGUUCAGAAGGCUUGGGUAAACUCAAGCGAGGUAUCAAGAAGGCCAGCAGUAUGGAUGGCUUGGACCAAAUGAGGAAAGCAGUCCGAGGCGCGGGUCAUGCCGCGGGUCAUGCGAAAGCAACUUUGGUCAAAGCUGCCCAUCUUCCGUUGAGUCGCCAUCACUCAGGAUUAUCGUCUAAAGACGGCAGUGAGGAAAUGUCAAGGCAAUCCUCGUUUCGAUCGCAACACAGCACUGAACAACGAACGAGAAAUCCAAGAGUCAAGAAAAGCAGAAGUAUGGAAGGCAUGCGAGAAAUGAUGCACACAGGAAAGCAGCAUCCCUCAGAUGGUCAUCUCGAUGGCGUCCGUGUAAGAAGACCCGGAGUCAAGAAAACGAAUAGUAUGGAGGGAUUGGUGCGAACGUCCAAACAUGGACCAUUGCGCAAGGCGCCUGCACCAUCUCAAUCUAUGAUGUCUAUGAAUAGCCAACAUUCGCAGCAUUCUGGGCAUCGCUCAGUACGAUCUCAGCGCCCUCAACCUCGAACCCAAGCAGAGAAAAACAAACUCGAUCGAGAGCGUGGUGUACAGAGAAGCAAGAGUUUGGAAGGAAUGCACCCACGAAACCUACGUCGUCCAACUUCAAGAGAACGCUUAGGACAUCCUCCUAAUAGAGGUGUCGAACAGAACAACAGCUGGCACAAGGAACCCGGUGACCGUAGACCUCCAGCCCGCACAGCCUCUGGUGACCGUAGACCUCCAGCCCGCACAGCCUCUGGUGACCGUAGACCUCCAGCCCGCACAGCCUCUGAUGACCGAGCCAGAGGAGGUGCACCACUUCAGAGUGCCACUUGGAACGCAGCACAACGGCCAAUCCGACGACAACAGUCUGCCGACGGCAAGGGAAUCCGACGACCAGUGCCACCACCACCGCCAAAGGCCAGCACACCGCCCAUCCGAGCUGUGAAGAAGCCAGCGUAUGAUUCUGAUUCCGAAGAAUCUUCCAUCAGCUCUGUCUCUUGGCAAGAACCAAAGCCCCAGUCCUUCAGCCGCACCAAGGUUCCUCCUAAGAGGGAAACUCCCAAGCCAACCGAGAUUACGGUGGACAUGGAUGACGCAUCCGCUGUGUCUUCUAGUGAUUCCUCUUGGGAAUCUUUCCGAGAACGGCCCGGCCAGCGCAAGGCUUAUGACAUGGAACGCAAGCGGCGGGAACAAGUGGUCAAGCCAAAGCUGGUGACUCAUGACACCGAAAUCAUUGGUUUUGACUGUAUCACCGGUGUUGAAGUUCGAGUGCAAAACGUUUACUCCUCAGAUGAAGAUUCGCAAAGUUCUGAAGAGUAUGAGUUUGAACCGGAAGAAUUAUUCAAUUGGGCAGACUAG